AUGGACCCGCGCGCCGAGCUCCAGGCAGCGACGGAGCGGAAUGCGCGGGAGGCGUGCGUAGAGCGGGAGAGGGCGGAGAAGGAGAAGCCAGACGCGGCCAAGGCGGCGCAGGAGAAGGCCGACGCAGCGGCCGAGGCCCAGGCCGACGCCGCGGCUAAGGCCCAGGCAGAUGCGGCCGCCAAGGCGCAAGCGAAGGAGGCAGCCCACGGCCGAACCCCGCAACUCAUCAUGCCCCUGCGCUCCGCGCCACCAGCGCCCGAGAUCCCGACGAUGACUGGAGGAGUCGACGAUGAGCAGCCGGUCAUGGAGAGGGGAGGCGACGUCGUCGUCUUGGGGGCGGAGAUGCCUCCGCAAGCGCCGACUGCUGAGGCCCAAAGCAGCCGGCCUGACGUGCCACCGGUGCCGCCAGUCGACGGCGAGCUGGUGGUGCGGGCGACCCCCGUGGUGCGUACUCUGGCGCGCCGUCGCGCGAAGAAGGCGGCAUCAGCACCCCGACCGCAGGAGGUCAGGGCUGCGAGUUCGUCAGCCCCCAACGCAGAGGCCACCAGCCGCACCCCGCUGGAGUGGAUGCCUAGGGGCGGCAUGGCCAUCUUGAACACGGCCGCGCAGGAAGUCCGGGCCCUGCUUCAAGCCCAAGGCGCCGCCCUUCAGGAGUACACGAAGGCGUUCGUGGCGACGCGAACUAUCGUCCGGGAUUAUCAUAAUAUCCGUGCGGCCGCCUUCAACUCCCACAUCCAGGAGCUGGCCAAGCGGAAUGCUGAUUUGGUUGAGAGCCGGAGCGCCAAUGCCACCUUGUGGCAGCAACUGGGCGAGGCCCAAACCACACUGCGCGCCAAGGAGGCGGAGUGCAGCAAGGCGGCUGAGGAGCGCGACCGCCUGGUCAAGGAGCUGGCUGACCAGGCGGACCGUCACAAGGCGGCCCUUCAGAAGGCGAAGGACAACGAGACCGGCCUCCUGGCCGAGUUCGAGACUGAGCGUUCGAACGGGGGCGAGGAGAAGAGGGCUCUGACCGACGGCUUCAGUGAAAUCGAGGAUAUGAUCGACAAAUUCUUCCCUGGCUACUCCGUUGCCGCCAAUCAGGCCAUCAAGGAACGCCGCGAAGAGCGGGGGAACGAAGGCGUGGAAAUCAUGCCCAAUGCUCCCCGGACUUUCAACGAGCGGCUUCUCGCCAUCCAGUCGCGCCUUCAACCGGCUCAUCGGAUGCUACGCCGUCUGCAGCAUGUCGGAGCCCAGGUGUUGUCCGCCCUCUGGCCAGAAACCAACAUUCCGCGCACCCCCAGACGGACUGCCGACUGGCUGGAAGUGGUUGUUGGCCGUCUUGAGGCGUGGAAAGGUUCUUCGGCCCAGGUGGGUGCGCGCCGGGCCUUGGAAUUCGUCAAGGCCCGGUAUCCUGGGCUGGACCUCGACCAGCAGGCCACCUUCCGGCAGGAGGCCGCCGGGGAGUUGGCGGCGGUGGCGGCUAAGCUUACUCAGCGCGCGGCGGCGAUCGCCGAGUAUACCAACACCGAGGACUUAAUCCCUGAGCUGGACGAGGAGGGUGCCAAGCUGCCGGCCAACUGGUUCGGGCUGAACCCGGCUGAUGGCGAAGACUCGAUGGAGGAGAUCACCUCCAGUGACGAAGGCGAAGGUGAGGAGAGCGCGGAUGGCGAAGACGACGCGCCAGAGGACGGAGCGGACGACCAACCUCAGCUCGAUCGUGCCUCAAGCAGCGAGCCUCGUGCGGGUGCAUCGGCUGCUGCCCGAGACGACCAAGCCGAGAUUCACCAGCCGGCCACUCCACCAGCCGGCGCCGCCGACUCCACCAGCCUGCCAGACUCGCCUGUUGCUCCCCUGGCUUAG